AUGCAGGGAAUUGAAGAAAGUGACAGAACUACUAUGGCAAAUAAUAAUAUGGAGCUGAAUAUUAAGAUAUGCCUUCUUGAAUAUCAACCUGAAAAUGAAGUAUGUGAAAAUAAUGAUAAUGACUCAGAAUUGAUUAAUGAAGAUAAAGGUGAAGAAGAAAUUGAGAUGCUUACACAGACAGAUGUUCUGUCAACAGCUAGAACAACAAAUAAAGUAAUCACGAAUGUCAUAGAAAAUAAUAACAUUUGUAUAACUUCAGUAGAUAAUAUUUCACAAAAGAAAAAAAGUAAUAAAAAUCAACCUUUGCUUAAAUUCCCAUCUUCAAAUUCCUCACCACUCAGUUCUCUAUUUCCUGGUUUCAAAUCAUCAAGUCACAAUUUGAUGUGCCAUUUAGAUUCACCAGUUCAUGAAAAAAUCAGUUUAAACAAUUUAGAAAUUACAUUAUUUAGAAAAAAAAUUCAAAAAAUUGAUAUCAACUGA